AUGACGGAGAUGCUCAUGUCUGUUUUGAUUAACAUAGUCUCUCCAUGUGUUUUUAGCAACAAGAGUGAAGAUGGUUGCAGCAAGUAUGGGCCGUUGGCAAAAAGUCUGACGACUACCUUCACCGGAUUCUACGUCGGCGAUUUUUUCCCUUGCCUGAGGUGGGUUGAUGUGGUUACCGGACAAAUUCCGCGCAUGAAACAAUUGUUUGCAGAAUUCGAUGAAUUCCUUAAUGGAGUAGCACGGGAGCAUGGAGCUGGUGCCGAUGAAAAAGAUCUCUUUUAUGUUAUUAUGCAACUCCGGAAGGAUGGUACGUAUGAGAUGGACCUCACUCCGGACAACGUCAAAGCUACGUUACUGGACAUAUUUGUUGGAGGAAAUGAUACCAGUGCAACAACAACAAAGUGGGUAAUGGCUGAGCUUUUAAACAACGCAAGUUCCAUGAAAAAGGUCCAAGAAGAAGUAAGAAACGUAGUGGGAGACAAACCCAAAAUAGACAUGGAGGACAUCAACAAAAUGGAAUACUUAAAAUGUGUAAUCAAAGAAGCUUUGAGACUACAUCAGCCUGAUGUUUUUGUUAUUCGAAGAACAUCAGCAAGUGUCAAACUGGGAGGCUACGACGUUCCAUCAGAUACCACGAUCUGGAUCAAUGCAUGGGCCAUUAACAGAGAUCCCAAAUGGUGGGAAAAACCAGAUGAGUUCAUCCCGGAGAGGUUCCAGAAGAAUUCCAUUGAUUUUCAAGGUCAGGAUUUUCACUACAUCCCGUUUGGUUUCGGACGAUGGGGAUGUCCCGGGAUGUCGUUUGCAGUUACGUUGGUUGAAUAUGUGAUUGCGAAUCUUUUGUAUUGGUUUGAUUGGAAGUUGCCUGCAAGUGAACACUUGGACAUGACUGAACUUUACGGCAUUACAGUCGCCAAGAAAAUCCCUCUUCAUGUCCUACCUAUAUCUCGUUCAUCUUACUAG